GUAUAUAAUUGCUCUUCGCCUGUGGGAGGCGUUCAGUCGCGUUAUUGCUCGUUUUACCGGUGCAAACGCCCAAACGAAAAAUGAAUGACGAGGAGCAGAAGAUGGCCAUACUGCGUAAGGCAUUCCAGAUGUUCGAUACCAAGAAAUGCGGACACAUCGAGACCCUCAAAAUCGCCACCAUCUUGAACAGCAUGGGGCAGUUGUUCGAUGAAACCGAGCUCAACAAUCAAAUCACCAAGCACGAUCCGGAUAGAGUAGGUCAAGUUAAUUUCGAUGCUUUCUGCGAAAUCGCCACGCAUUUCCUCGAAGAGGACGACGACGAGUCAACCCAGCAGGAGUUGAAGGAAGCUUUCAGAUUGUAUGAUAAAGAAGGUAAUGGCUACAUCACCACUGCUACGCUCAAAGAAAUAUUGAAAGCACUCGAUGACAAGCUGACUGGAAGGGAAUUGGAUGGAAUUAUCGCUGAAAUCGAUACCGAUGGAUCUGGUACUGUCGAUUUUGAUGAAUUCAUGGAAAUGAUGACUGGUGAUUAAAUCACUAAACUUAUUUAUAAGCUUACGACUGAUAAUAAUUUAAAAAUAAAUUUUUUACACAAAAUUACAAGUGUAAAAAGUAAGCUUUUUCUUAAGCUCACUUUUAAUGCUAGAGUUCAGUACUCACAAAAUAUUUUUU